AUGCGUGUUCUCUUGGUGUUGUUGAGUGUGCUGUGCGUGGAGUUAGCUUGCGCCGGUUCACUGUUCCCGGGGGACAAUGACAAACACGAGUGGCACGUAGCGGCGGAUGAAAAUGGCAACAUGAGACUGGUGUCGUACACCGUACCGUACCAGCUGGAGGGUGAAAGGCCGAGAAAAGACUUUGUCCCGGAGCGGGAUACACGCUUUCUGCUGUACACGGCCGCCAACCCGGAGGUGCCACAUGUCCUUCGCAACGGUGAUUCGGACUCGAUCGUGAACUCGCCCUUCAAUCCAAACAAUCCGACCCGCAUGAUCAUUCACGGGUGGCUUGGUACGCAAAACUCCGAGAUCAAUCGCUUGACGCGCUCGGCACUGUUCUUCACCGGCAACUACAACAUCAUCUACGUGGACUGGAGCGUCGGAUCGGUGGACGAGUUCUACCCGAACUCGCGACAGUUGGUGUACGCUGUGGCGGCGGCUGCGUCCAACAUCCUCGACUACCUGGCGCGAUACUUCCAGAUCAACAAGCGCGACGUCGUGGUUGUUGGCCACAGUUUGGGUGCCCACGUCGCCGGUAACGUUGGCAAGUGGCAGUCGGGUGCGAUCGGUACCAUCAUCGGGUUGGAUCCCGCCCUGCCGUUCUUCGCCGGCAAUGCGCCCGACCGUAUUAUGGCAUCCGAUGCGGAUUACGUGGAGAUCAUACACACAAACGGUGGUGUGCUCGGUUUUAUGGAUCCGAUUGGCGAUGCCGACUUCUAUCCCAACUUCGGGCGUGUGCAGCCGGGCUGUGGUGCCGACGUUGGUGGCAGCUGUGCCCAUGCCAGAGCCGUACACUUUUACGUGGAAUCGAUACUCUCGCGGCACGGUUUCGUUGGACAGCAGUGCCAAACGUUCCAGAACAUACGCGACGGUAUUUGCGCACAAACUGGCCUCACAUCGCGCAUGGGCGGUGAGCCCCCGAAUGUGGACGGUGCUCCAACGGGGAUCUUUUUCCUGCAGACGGCCAACAGCUUCCCGUUUGCGGUGGGUUGCUAG